AAUUUUUAUAUUUUAUUUUUCUUUAAACUUUAGUUAUUUCUCAACUUUUUUAAUUAAUUUAUAUAUAUAGAAAAUAAAUUUUUAAAUCCAAACCCGUUAAUUAUUUUAUUUCAAAUAACACUUUUCAAAAAUUCGCUUAUAUAAAAUGGCGCAAAAUUUCCUGUUCAUGUUUGAAUUUGUGGUCGAUGAUUUGAUCGUUACAAAACCAAACUAUUGCGCUCCCGAAGAAUUUCCCACAUGCUGUGAAGUAUCCUUUCGCAAUAGUGUAUUUGUAUCGAUCUGUGAUCGCGAAUUUGGUCAAUGUCUAGAUCCCUGUAUGCCCAAAUGCGGUAAAAGUUGUUUAUUCUCAUUGGAAACGCCUAUUAGUGAUGGCGACAAAUUGCAUGUGCAUAUCUACAAAAAGAAAACGGAACAGUGUAAGUUUUUAAUAGGCUGCACGGAUCUGCCGAUUAAAGGUGUUUUCGAUAAGGUUAUGGAAAACUUCAACAUUGAGAAUCCUAAUUGGCAGGAUGUUAGUGCUAAACAUGUAAAGACUCUACCAAAUCCUAAGGAAGCGAAAAAGACAGCCGAAAUAGUAGACAAUGAUUGUGAUUCCUAUGAAGAGGGACGCCGUGAACAAUUAUGUCCCACUUCGGAACUGACCAAACAACUUUUGCCUCUGUUCAAUUUAAAAGGUUGCCAAACGGGCAAUGUGGUUUUACUUAUACGUCUAGUGGCCGUUGGUCCAGCCAUAGUGUCCUCAUUUACAUUUUCUCGCAUCUGCAAUGCGGGCUGUGAUAAGAAGGCUCCGAGUUGUGCACCCACGACUAGACCCAGUGGUAUUGGUAAAGAAGCUUGUGAUGCCACCUGUAGUCGUGCUGCUGGUGGCAUGGAUAAUGAUAAUGCCCACAUUAGAGGAGGAUGUGGAAAUGAAAAUCCUAGUGUUAGCAAACAGAAUAAAACUAAUAAUGGUUGUGUACCUUUAAGAGAUCCCUGUCAUAGGGAAGUUAAGAAACCAGUAUGUCAGCGUUAUUUUGCCUGCAAUGCCGACAAGGGUAGUCCUUGUGAUGAGAUCGAAGAUGAGUGUGAAAGAUCUGCCAAAUGUAAGGAAUACCGACAAAAAAUGAGUUGUUGUCCACAAUCUGAACAAUCAAAUAAUUGUUCAUGUGAUGAAUGCAUGGACGAAUGUGAAGCAGAAAAUCCUUGUCCACCCGUUGAUCCUUUCAAAUAUGAACCAUGUUCAGCAGAUACUUGUGAUGAUUGUGUUAAAGACCCCUGUUCACCCUGUGGCCAAUGUAUGCAGCCCUGUUUUCAGACACCACGUCUACCCGAUCCCGGACCAGAAGCGUAUGAUGAAUUUGAGGCCUGUCUAAAUGGCAGUGGUCUGGUUAUACGGGUACUCAAAGACACCCAUCAAGUGGAGAAUAUCUGCGAUGGUACAGAGGAAUUUAAUGAUGAUAAUGCCAGUGACUGUAAUAGAUAUAACGGAAAGGAAAAUAACAACCUCUCCGAUUGUAGUCUCUCAAACUUGAUGCAACGCAGUAAUUUCGCUCGUAAUCAUAUAAAACGACGUACAGGCGGACAUAUUAUCAAUCAUCCAGAUUUACCAAAAAUUCGUGCCAAUAUUAAAUAUUCGGGUAAUGAUAAUUGUGAUAUGGAAAAUUAUCAUGUACCCUAUUCGAAAAUUAAGUCAUAUUGUGAUAAUCAAAAAAUAAAAUCGAUAACUAUCGUAGUCAUCGUGCCAAACUUAAUCGUUAUAACGAACCUAAACAUCCAAAGGAUGAGAAAAUUGCUGCGUUCAAGUGAUCGUCAAGAUAUACGAAAUAUUAUGAAGGGUCUGGAAGUGGAUACACGUAAAAAGGGUAUCGAGGUUUGUUACAAAACC